GUUGGGAUGUUUAAGAUUCAUCCUGAAAUUCCAGAAUCACUGUCUGCUGAUACAAGGACCUUUAUUUUGCUCUGUUUUGAACCUGAUCCUAGUAAACGUGUUACAGCGUCUGAUUUGCUCAGAGAUUCCUACCUGAAACAAGUAAACAAGGGCAAGAAAAGCAGAAUUGCAUUCAAGCCUUCAGAUUAUAAUCGUAAUACAUCCCUCCCACUGCCCAUCCAUGGAGAACAGGCUGGCAGUAGCAGCAGUGAGCACGGCUCGGUUUCGCCAGACUCUGAUGUACAGCAUGACAUGUUUUUCGAAAGGCCAAAGAGAUCCAUUUCAGAGAUUCAGACAAAGCAUCCCAUUUCCCAUUUACUAAGCGUGCCUGAUGAGGGCUCGGCCUUGGAGGACAGGAGUGCCUCUCCUUCUGUUGAGGAUAAGGAUUCGGGUCUGUUUCUGCUGCGGAAGGACAGUGAGCGCCGAGCGAUCCUGUAUAAAAUCCUUAAGGAAGAACAGAAUGAAGUUGCUUCCAAUUUGCAGGACUGUAUUGCACAGAGCUCUGAAGAACUGCAACUUUCAGUGGCCCACAUCAAGCAAAUUAUUGGGAUUUUAAGGGACUUCAUACACUCUCCAGAGCAGAGGGUGAUGGCUUCUACCAUAUCCAAGUUGAAAAUGGAUUUGGACUUUGACAGCACUUCCAUCAAUCAGAUUCAUCUGGUGCUGUUUGGAUUUCAGGAUGCGGUGAACAAAGUAUUAAGAAACCAUUUAAUAAGGCCCCACUGGAUGUUUGCAAUGGAUAACAUAAUUCGCCGUGCAGUCCAAGCAGCAGUCACUAUUCUUAUUCCAGAGCUCCGAACUCACUUCGAGCCAGCAUCAGAAACUGAAGGUGGGGACAAGGACGGUGAUGAAGUGGAGGACAGUUACCAGCCCACUGAACAAAAUGGGGCUGAGGAUCCCACCAUCACGUCAGGAGUCAGCACCCUGAGUUCUGUGGUGUCACAUGAGGCGCAGCAGCAGCUUAGCCUGGAGUUGGGCAGACUUAAACAAGAGACCUUAAGGCUUUUGGAAAACCUCGUUCAGAAGGAGAAAGAGUAUCAGACCCUUUUACGACAAUCUUUGGAGCGAAAAAAUCAGGAAUUACGCUUGCUUCGAUUAAAACUUAAACCUGAAGACUCACACUGGUCUGCAGCAACUUUUAGAGAGAAUGCAGACCCUGAGCUCAUGAAGUGGCUGAAACAACAAGGAGCAGACUUGGAUGCCAUUAAGAGGUUUGCUGAAGAAGAUUAUACACUAAGUGCUGUCCUUAAUGAUAUCACUAAAGAUGAUCUGCGGUAUCUUCAACUGCGGGGUGGUCUUCUCUGCAGGAUAUGGAAUGCAAUAUUAAACCACCGACAAACAUCUGGUAAGACCUCAGUGCAGAAGGUUAAUACUUUGGAAGGAGAAUGUGUAAUGGGAAUAAACAAAUGA